UGCAUUUGGAACAAAUAAAAAAUCUCGUAUGUAAAGAGCGCCAUGACGUAUUUUUCGUCCCCUUUGUUCGCUGUUCCUUUUCAACUCAUUGCAUGACUACCGAAAAACCAUCACCAGGUGCAGACGACAGCAAGAAUGUUAACAAUGUCUUGUCAUCGUCUGUAGCCGGGGCAUCAUACCUAAUCUUGCUACAGCUUGCUUCUCGCAUGCUGACUUUUGCACUGCAUCAGAUCGUUGUACGUUACUCGUCAGCAGAAACUCUCGGUAUCGCCUCCGUCAAGUUAGAGUUACUACUCUCAACCAUCUUGUUUUUAAGCCGAGAAGGUUUCCGUUGCGCCUUGUUACGUGGAGGUAACUCACAAACUACCCAAGAAAUCAAGUCCGAUAAACCUGUAUCCAAGGAUGCUGUUUUGGUCUCGUCUGCAGAAGGUCAGGUGCAGAAAAUAACAAACCUCGCCUAUGUGCCAAUGAUUAUAGGUCUAGUGACAACAUUGACGGCGUGUGUGUACUACCUCUCUAGUAUUGACGACGAAACCGCUUUAAAGUAUCCAUUCUAUCGCACAUCCAUCGUGUUAUUCGGCCUAUCUGCAUACUGCGAGCUGAUCAUCGAGCCAUUGUACAUUAUGGCUCUCAGCAACCUCUACUUCAAGUUGCGUGUAUCUGUUGAAGGAAUUUGUGUUCUCGUACGAUGCGUGCUUACCUUCGGAUUAACUGUUCUUGGAUCCAAUGGAUCAGCCACAAACCGAUAUGGUGUACUCGCUUUUGCCGUGGCUCAGUUUGCGUACAGUCUUGUAAUGGUGUUUGGAUACGCUGGAUUUUUUAUCAACAAAGUCAGAAGUGGUCAGAUCAAUGGCAAGACCAUCUUACCUCGAAAGCUGGUAGCUGUCAACGAGGACGGAAGCACAAGAACAUUCUGGUUUGACAGAGAACUGCUUGACCUGUCUGUCACUCUAACGAAACAGUCACUUUUGAAGCAUGUAUUGACAGAAGGCGACAAAAUGCUGGUGUCCGCUCUUAGUUCUGACAAGGAUCAAGGAGUGUAUGCUUUGGUUGUUAACUAUGGUUCUUUGAUCGUUCGCAUUCUUUUUGGUCCAUUGGAGGAGACAGCCAGAACGCUGUUUUCCAAGCUUUUGUCCGAUAUUGGUGAUCAGCCAUUGACAAAGUCGCAAAACCGGGUGCUUGAAACCUCUGCUCGCAUUCUUGUUACUAUUUUCAAGUUUCAUAUUCUCCUCGGCCUCAUAUUUAUAUGUUUUGCGACAAACUACACAGCUACACUGAUUGAUCUGCUGGUCGGUUCUGCAUGGUCUCAAAAUACAAAUGCACCGUUAGUCCUUUCUUUCUACUGUGCAUAUGUUCCUGUCAUGGGUAUCAACGGAAUAAGCGAAGCUUUUGUUCAAGCAGUGGCAACAGAGCAGCAAUUGGCUCGGCUAAGCAAGUUCAUGAUCGUCUUCUCGCUCAUCUUUGUGUCUUCGGGUGUGCUCUUCAUGCACUUUAUGCACCUAGGUGCCAUCGGUUUGAUUUUGGCGAACAUUGUAAAUCUCGGAUCUCGUAUUAUAUAUAGCUGGAUUUUCAUUCGCAAAUACUUUUUGGACAAGCGUGGGCAAGAUGUGUCUUUGUUAUCACAAAUGAUCACCAUUCGAAAUUGGUUCCCCAGCAAAGUCGUCUUGUUGGCGUUUGCUUCAGGAUGGGCCGUUACCAGGUUGUCUGAAGAAAUAAUAGGAUGGACAACGUUUCGCGAGAAGGUCAUGCAUAUUGCUGUUGGAGGAGUGGCGGCCUUGUUUGCACUGGCAUCAAUGUAAGUCACAAUUGAAGUACUGUGAAUUGCAAAUAUCCGCUACAUAUCGAUAACAAUUUUGAAUUAUUCAGUUGGUGGAAAGAGAAGGUCUUCCUGCAGGACAUUAAG